AGGUCGUAAAAACAUAAACUGCCUUAAAAAAUUGAAGAUCGCAAUUUAGCUACGUCAAUACACAGGUGUUUAACCUUUUUCAUGGUAACCUAUAUGAUGUUGCAGAUGUAAUGACCGAAAUAAAGAAAAAAAACACCUUUCGGUUUUUUAAAUUAAUCUCUAACAAGGACAUUCGAUUGGAAUCAAAAUUAUAGACAAUCCCAACAAAAAGUUAAGGUCUUACGAUAGUCACCGAAAGGCGAUAAAUUGCUCUUUAUUGCGAGCUUUAUUGGGCAUCAAUGCAAUGCGUUUGGGCGUUGAGUGAAGAAAUCCAGAUAGAGGCGCAACGCCUAUACUAGAAAUCGUCGCGAACGUAGGAUCUGAGAUUUAUACAGCGCUUAUGGAAUCUCAGAUCCCGACGGCAAGUUUCUAGUCGGCGCCGGCGCGUCGUUCCAGUGUGUUGGAUAGAGAAUGGAAAUGCUUAGUUAAGAGAUAAAAGUGACACGAUUUAUAUGGAGGUUGUGCCUCUACCUAAUUCCUUCACUCAACGGUUUGGGUGUGUUCCCGGCGUCUAAGCUGGAUUUUGAUUAUCGCUCCCUAGCUAGAAUAAGAUAAAAGGUAGUUAGGGUAACAUACGAAUAUAGAAAAACUAUCCUUAAGUAUUUAAGGUGAUACGGUAGUUGGGACUUAAUAACGACACAAAAUGCGCAUAAAACAGCUACAAUCGCUUGGAGAAAUCCAUGGCAGUAGUGUUGUGGACCUACGCGUCGUCUUUAACCUCUUGUUUUUAAUUAUACUUAUACCUUCGAUCAGUUCAUUUCGAGGAAAUUCGAGAAGACCAAUGUAAAAAAAAUAGCACUUGUUUUUGUUGUCGUGGGAUUUUCUCAGAGCAAGUACGUAUUUGGCCGUAUGUACCGUCCUUGCUCAUAUAAUGAACGCCACCUGGCUACUUCCUCACUUUGCAUCCAUGGUUAUGGUUAGAUCUUGAAGAUGGCGCAAUUAGAUAAAGUGGCAAUGCUACUGUUAUGGAUUACAAAUAGUUUUUGCUACAGUAUUUCAGAGAAAUCAGCUUCAAACAAUAAAACCAAAGAGUUUUUUGAGUAUGUACUUUUGGAUGAAAGUAAACACCCAUGUACAAGAACUUGUACACCAAAUGGCGCGCCUAUGGUUUGCAGGUACCAGUUUAAGUUAGAGUGGUACCAGACGCUGAGCAAAGCGUGCUUCAAUUGCCCUUACAGUGAGGAAGACUGCCGAAAACCACACUGCAUACCUGGAGAUGGAAAUCGGCGUCCAGUUUUGGUCGUUAAUCGACAGAUGCCCGGACCGGCUAUUGAGGUGUGCUUAGGCGAUGAAAUAGUAGUAGAUGUCCAAAAUGAUUUGAUUGGAGAAACUACCAGUCUUCACUUUCACGGUUAUCACCAACGUGAUACUCCGUAUAUGGAUGGUGUACCGUUUGUCACUCAAUGCCCAAUUCAACCAGGAACAACCUUCAGAUACAAUUUCAUGGCGACACAAGCAGGAACGCACUUUUGGCAUUCACAUACAGGUUUUCAGCGUGCUGAUGGUGCUUUUGGCGCGUUUAUUGUUAGAACUAUUGAAGAGGACGAUCCUCACUCCAGUUUGUACGACUACGAUUUGUCUUCCCAUACAAUUUCCAUAUUGGAUUGGGGACCAGGGAUCGGAACCGCAAAAUUCGUAGCGCAUCAUCAUAGCAAUGGUGAUAACAAAGCCGACACCUUAUUAGUAAACGGUUUGGGUCGAUUUAAAACGUUCACUAAUUCUACUAAUCAUACGAUUUACACUCCUACAGCAAGGUUCACGGUAGAGAGGGGAUAUCGAUACAGAUUUAGGAUAAUAAACGCCGGAUUUCUGAAUUGUCCCAUAGAGGUAUCGGUGGAUAAUCACACACUAACUGUGAUUGGUAGCGACGGCAGCAAUUUUGCAUCAAUUAAAGCCGAAUCUAUAGUAACUUACGCAGGUGAGCGGUUUGAUUUCAUUAUAAAUGCUGACCAACCAGUGGAUUUGUAUUGGAUUAGAUUUAAGGGACUCAUGGAUUGCGAUGAACGAUUCAGAAGUGCUCAUCAAGCUGCUGUUUUACAAUACAAAGGAAGUUCAAAGUCUAGUUACCCGCAAGCACUAUUGAGUUAUGCGAAAGCACAUAAAGAAGGCAUGCAAAUUAACGCAUUAAAUAAAGGGCCGGGGCAGAACAAUUCCAUGAACAUUAUGGAAAUGCAAUCACUCGACACUUGGGACAGUAGCCUCAAAGAAAUACCAGAUUAUCAGUUUGUUGUUUCGUACGAUUUUUAUCGGAUUAACAAUCCUCGUUUUCAUAAGACUGCGAUGUACGGAUAUGCAGAAGUAAAUGAUACCAAGCAACAGUUGUUAACGCCGCAACUAAACUACAUAUCGUUGAAACUGCCGCCCGUUCCACUACUUCCCGCAAGAGAUCUACUAGAUACUGACAAGUUUUGCAAUCGAUAUAAUAUGGAACAUUGCGAGACAAAUUUUUGCGAAUGCACACACGUGUUGGAGGUUCCGCUGAGAUCUACUGUCGAAUUAAUUAUAAUCGAUAAGGGAUUUGUGUACGAUGCAAACCAUCCCUUUCAUUUACAUGGCCACACAUUUCGUGUCGUCGCCAUGGACAAGGUAGGGGCUAACGUAACCGAAGAACAAGUUGCUGCGUUGGACAAAAAAGGCCUAAUAAAACGAAACUUGAUCAAUGCGAUUAAAAAAGAUACGGUCACAGUUCCUGAUGGAGGUUAUACUAUUUUAAGGAUCUUAGCUUCAAAUCCCGGUUAUUGGCUGUUUCACUGCCAUAUUGAGUUUCACAUGGAGAUUGGAAUGGCGUUAGUGCUUAAGGUUGGAGAACAUCAUGAAAUGGCACCGGUGCCGGAAAACUUUCCAAAGUGUGGUGAUUUUGUGCCUAAAGAUCGACACAGUAAAGAGAAGAGUAAACAUUGCAAUUGGUUGAAUGAGUGCGAUGACGAUGAAAGUUAUAGUUCUGCAGAAAAUUUACACUCAAACAAAUGGCUAGUAUAUAUCGUUACUUUACAAUGUGUAAUGUGGCGCAUUAGAUUCUCGUAGCAUUAGCAUUCCUAUUUAUUUAUUAUUGACUAUUUUAUAUUUUAUUUAUUGACACGAUUCGUUACAGGGCAUAAUCAUCUUUAACCCAAGUCGUAUAGAGUAGUAUCAUGAACACAUAUUCAGGGCAACAAGACAAAUUACACAGUACGGAAAAUUCACAAUAAGUACUAAAUGUUGAUGAAAUAAAUACUUAUCAAGUACCUAUUUGAAAUAUACAUACAUAGCGGCCCA